AUGGCUUCCAAAUUCGGAAACGAACAACAAGUGCCUUUGGAUACAUCAACUUUGACUGAGUACUCGCCAGGAGCUGCUUUUGAGAAGAGCUUUAUUUAUCCCUCUGAGAUCCAGGGCAAGCCAUCCAUCUCGCUUACUUUGUACGAAGAUGUCUCUGGCAAAACAUUAGUAGAAUACGCUGAAUUAAGGGAGGAGGUUUUUCCCAAGAGCAUUAUUGAUAUUGAAGCUAUUCCUGAGGCUCAACGAGCGAUUGCCACAGCAACAUCUAAAGAAUUUUUGGAGACUCAGGAGGGUCUUCUGGCAAAGGUUCUCAUGGUUUACCGUAUCGCUCAAGCCUCAGAAAAUCAUUUAGAUUUUGCUGGAGUCCGCAGUUGUAAACGCUGGACACGAUAUCAUACUUACUGUGCAUUAGUAGGAGCCAUUGACAUGUUUUUUGACAAAUUCCUGGAGCAUGGCUGGCAAAACUUCGUGCAUGCACACUGGGAAGUAGGAGAAAAGGUUGUGCGGUCUUAUUUUCUGUUUCAAGCGACUUCAGACUUCAACCCUAAUGAUUUACUUCGUAAUGCUUUUACUGACAAGCUUAACAGAAAUAUUGGCGCUGUCUUCCACAAGGCUUCUAAACAAGAAAUGUCCAAGAAGGAUUCGUACUUUCCAUAUAUGCUGGAACUUCGCAUAGUUCCUCGAACACCUUAUUCAGCUUCUGCUAAUCCUGAUUUGUUCAUGUGGUGUCAUUUAAUUGGAGCUUUUCACUACAAGACACGAUCAAUUAAAGUCAAAUGUGUCGAUUGCAAAUCAUCAUUACCUGUUUUUGUUAAUGCAGCUUAUGUUUUUUAUUACGUGUUCAAGAACCUGACCUUCACUCGGCGAUUUUUUAGGAGAAAGGUAUAG